AAUACCCUCGUGAUCUAGUACGAUGCCUCUCUAGUGGAGCGAAGCGCGCGGCGUUGCAGUGGUUGGAGAGGUUUCAUCAGAGCAGAAUAUGCCAAAAGAGACUCCGUUAUCUCCUGCGGCUUCCCACGCCGCGCAGUGGAUAGUAAUAGCUGCACGUCAACUUUGAAUUUAAUUCCAAGCUUGGAAGCUGGACCGCAUCAUAUUCAAAAUGACUGUAUCCAGCACUUUAUCUUUCAGGAGUUCGCAAAAAUGAAGUUUGGUAAAAGCGUUUGUAUCAUAAACGUGGGUGGCACCAAGUACGCUUUUCCAAAGGACGUAAUCAAGGAUUUCCCUUUGAGGAGAGUAAGUCGUCUCCACAGUUGCGCAUCGGAAAGAGAAGUGCUGGAAGUGUGCGAUGACUACGACCGAGAACGAAACGAGUUCUUUUUUGACAGACAUUCAGAAGCGUUCGGCUUCAUCAUGCUCUACGUGAAGUACGGAAAACUGCGCUUCGUCCCGCAUAUGUGUGAGCUGUCUUUUUAUAACGAGAUGAUUUACUGGGGUUUGGAAAGCUCUCAAUUGGAGUUCUGUUGCCAGCGGAGACUCGACGACCGCAUGUCCGACACGUACACUCACUUUACUGAGGAGGACCACGAUGAAUUUAGGGCGAGUGAUGAGGUGUCAAACCGGGCAGACUCAAAGAGGGAUUCAAAGUGGUUGGAGCGGAUGCGCAGGACUUUUGAGGAGCCCACCUCCUCUGUCGCCGCGCAAAUAUUGGCAUCAGUAUCAGUCAUUUUUGUCAUCGUGUCUAUGGUGUUACUUUGCGCCAGCACUCUUCCAGACUGGAAAACUACCGAGAGUAACAUAGUAGAAGAGCACUGGUACACAGACUCUUUAGAGCAUCCAUCCGGAAUCAUUGAGGCGGUCUGCAUUGGCUGGUUCACGGCUGAGUUCAUCGUGCGCUUCAUAGUAUCACGGGACAAGUGCGAGUUUGUGCGACGUCCGCUCAACAUCAUAGACUUUCUGGCCAUCACGCCCUAUUACAUCUCCGUCACCAUGACGGUUUUCACCGGUGAGAACUCUCAACUGCAGAGGGCCGGCGUGACGUUGCGCGUGCUGCGCAUGAUGCGAAUCUUUUGGGUCAUCAAGUUAGCGCGACAUUUCCUGGGCCUUCAGACUCUGGGGUUGACGUUGAGGCGCUGCUACCGUGAGAUGGUCAUGCUUCUGGUCUUUAUAUGCGUAGCCAUGGCCAUAUUUGGGGCGUUGGCGCAACUGCUGGAGCACGGCCUGGAUCUGGAGUCAGGGAACGAGGAUUACGCUAGCAUUCCUGGUGCCUGUUGGUGGGUUAUUAUCUCCAUGACGACUGUCGGCUAUGGAGACAUGUACCCCAUCACUGUGCCGGGACGUGUGCUUGGUGGCCUGUGUGUUGUGAGUGGUAUAGUGCUGUUGGCGCUUCCGAUCACUUUCAUCUACCACAGCUUCGUGCAGUGCUACCACGAACUCAAGUACCGCUCCACUCGCUGCACCAAAAGUCUCUCCACUGAAUUUCUCAACUGACUGAGGUCUGCUUGGACAAACUCUUGUAGAUAUCGAAAUCUCAAAUCUGACACAGUGAAAUCUUCCAUCUGAAGUUAAUACUUUUCUGGUGUCAUCUCCUGAGGCAUUUUCAAAAUCGCUACAUCAGCCACAGUCAUCUCCAGAUCAGUGCUGCUGAGUGUCAGUUCAGUGUGUGCUGUAUCUGUUACUCAAUGGGUUGGUGGAUGCUACCAUGGUGAGGGUAACAUAGAGGCCAGGUGUCCUUGACAGGAACACACUGCUGGAGGGCAGUUUUCUAACGUCAAUCCGAGGCCUUGAAAAGAUUCUACAUCUUGGAUCAACAACCUCUUACUCAGUGUCUACGCGUAUUUCCCAGAACAUGUGGCAUUCCGCCAAAGGAUUUAGCUUGGAAUGGCACUUAACCAGCCCACAGUGUUGGCAAGCACACAGGAGAGAAAUUAUUUAAUCAUCCUGUCACCUAGGGUCCGUUCUCUUGGAUGCCUUUAUUUAUUAUAAGUAAUGAACUUUAAAUCUGUUUCAUUUUUCUUAGUAUUUAAAAUAUUAGGUGCAACCAAGCCUCUGUUUAUGAACAGCUAUAGUAAAUCACAGAUGUCUGUUUUAUUUACUCCAGUUUAAAUUGUUGACAGCAAACCUCCAGAGAUUGUGGGAAAGUAAUAGCAAGAACAAGAGAAGGAAAAUGAGAUUUACAAGGAUGAAGUGAGAGUUGUGUGGGCAGUUUGCAUAGAUGGUGUAAAGCGGAACAUAACGGGUCAUGGAGAGAGAGUGCUGUCAUGGAGAGUUGGGUGCUGUGGAUGGCACCACGCAGAGCAUGUAGAGUUCUCUCAGAAACCUCUACCUGUCAAUAUCCUCUACUGCCCUGCCUGUAUUCUCAAUGGAGAGAGAGAGAAGCCUUGAGGCUUGUGCACAUCUGCUGGGAUUCACACAAAAAUCUCUGUAAGGUCAGGAGAUCAUUCAUGAUACAGAAACCUCAAAGCUUUUUCUCCUUCCAUGGAGUCACCCAUGGCACCCAUUUCUCCCCGACCCACUGCUGUCUCUACCUUGUUGUGGCCCUAAGGUUCCUUAAUGCUCUUAUAGAUAGACAGACCCCAAAAAAGUUUUCAUAUUGUGUCAUGAGAGGUCUUCUGAAAUGUCAUUAAAGGGUAACAAAAGUGUGGUGUGAUAUCUAAUGUAAAUACUGUUAACUUACUAUUCAAAGUGGAAGUCACAAGAACUCAAAAUGACCCUUUAUACUUUUCAAAAUCUACGGUGCAUUUUAUUUUCAAUACACAAUGUUGUAUUUUGCCUUUAUUAGAUCAUUCAUCCAAAUCUCAAAUGCUCAACAACUUUAUAUUUUACUUACGUCACAACCCUCUUAUUUUAUUUGUUUACAUAUAAGGUAGACCAAUGUCAUUUGUCACUUCAAUUGCACCAUUCUAAAAGAUAUAAAAUAUAUAUAUAUACAGUACAGUAUGCUAAGUUUAAAGUCUUGUCAAGUUUUUUGGGGGUAGUAAUGGAAACAUGUAAUUUUUUUAACACAUUUGUAUGGGAUUUUGUUGUUAAGGCUUUUCCUUUAGAGUCAUAAAGUAGACCUAUCUUGUCACUUUUUAAGUCAAUUUGGUUUAUAUUGAACUUCAUAUCUCCAAAUGUGAUUCAGGACAGGGGCGACACAAUGCACUAUACAAACUUCCCUUUCUUAAGCCACUAUUCCUACAGUUUAACAAUAGCCUACUAGGCAAGGUAAACAUUUGUGUAUUUAAAAAUAUUUAAGUAUCUUCAACAUAAUAAACAAACUUAAUAACAUGUUUUUUUAAAGAAUUUACAAUGACAAUAUUUUCAAGUUUUAUGGUUCCAACUAAUAUAAAGAACAAGUAUAUUCUUAAAAAAACAAUAUUUUCUAAAGUCUAAACCGACUGUACUGCAUUAAACAUUACUGCCUUAACAGCAUAUAGUUAUCUCAGCCAUAGUUACUGCCAACCUUUAUGUAGUGUCUUAAACUAGAACUAGUCAAUUAAAUAUUCAUUUAGUUUCUGAAAGUACACAAAACAAAAGUCAUUUCAUUGAAACAUUUUCCUAUAAUGACCUGACUGGCUAGGAUGUACUGUGGUUUGUUUAGGCCUACCUCCCUGAAACUCAUCAUAUCCUUUCUGCUUCCUUUUCCAUGCUUUGGACAAACAAAUUCUGAUUUCCACCUGGGGCUAUCAAUGAACGAGUCAAACUAAGAUUAUCGAUAUUAUUUAGAAAAGUACUUUAGUUUCGUAAUGUUUUCAUAGCCUACCUCAGUCGCGUGUCGUCACCCUUGUCAGCUGCGUGCUGCAGUUGUUGCAAGGAAACACGCAGAAGUGCGCGGACAUGGAUUUCUGCGCGAUAUUACGGCACAAGUUUAUGUUUUUGGACCCGUUAAAAUGCGCAACCGCGUCACAUUUAGAAUUGUAAAUUAGGUUACAACGUUGCAAUUAGAUCCGUUUUUGCAGUUAUGAAUGUUAAUCAUUACACUGACAAAUAAACAAAAUUGUAAAAACUGGAAAUUUAUACUUGGGCACAUCAGAUUUACACUGGGGCACGUGCCCAUUAAAAUGGGUAUAGUGACGCCCCUGUUCAGGACAUGACAACCAUAGUUUAAUAAUAAAGCUUUAAAAUAUUUACUAUUUAUUUUGUAGUGAGAACAACAGGAUAAGGAUGUUUUAUAUGGUGUUCAAAAUUCAGUGAAAUAAUUAACGUCUUAAACAACCAAAGUAAAAAUCGGGUGUAGUAACUUCACAGGCUCCUAAUCCAAGCUCCCAGGUAAAAUAAACGUUCUAAUUUCCCAUUAAGACUUGUUUAAAAAAUAAUUCCCUCUAAUUCUUUUCUGUAAUUACAACAUUCUCAUUAAUCAUCAUCUUUAUUCAAAUCAUUCAAAACAACAGUUUAUUCAUGAUAAUCCUCAGCCACUAACUUCAGCACAGACCCUUUGUUUAUUUAUGAUUGGAGGGUUGUGAGACUGGAAAUAGAUGUGUUCCCUUUUGUGGUACAGAGAGUAAAAAUGUGUCAGCCCAAAAUGUGCAAAGAAUUCCCUUCAAAUUAAUUAAACCUCCUGAAUAGAAAUGACAGGAGAUGUUCUCAAGUGAGGUUCGAGAUCACAAACUCUGCUGACUAACACACAAUUUUACACAACAAUACAUAAUAAUUAAUGUGAAAAUUAAAUUAAUAAGUGAAACACUUAAAUUAAUUUUAGACUGCGGGUUUAUGCUGCUAGUUAUUGCCUCUCAGACUUAUCCUACUGCUUCUUUUUAUUUCCAACUUCAUAAAGCAUGCUAAACAAGAGAGAUCAUACUUACUUCCCAUAAAAAGACAUCAAAGUGCUAAUGAAAAGCUCAGGAGAGCUAAAGGCCAUGAACAUGAGUUUAAUCUCUUAAACCAAUGGGUCAUUCAAUUUCUCAUGGGUUUGAAUGUAUUUAUCUCCAGUCACUCUUUAUUUCGUAUAGAGGCAGUAAACUUACUAAGGAAAAAUAUAUCUGCGUUUUUGCUUUAAAAAUUGUCUGACAAAUUCGAUCCUGACACUGUUUAAUUAUAUAAUAGCAAUGUGUUGCUCUCUGUGGAUAUGAAUAUAUUAAAAGUAUAGUUUAAAUAAACAUAAAGCAGUUUUUUAUUUUUGUAUUAUCAUUUUAUUCUAUUGCAUUGCAUUAUGUGCAUUAUGAUCAUGUCAUAAACAGCUAAAAUGGUUUGAGCUUUUGUAGGGAUUUUUAUAACCCAGAAUUUAUUGUAGAAUUUAUUUUAAUCCUGCUGUAAAUUUAACUUUUGUUUUACUAGUUUUUUGUCACCUUUCAAUGUCUUUUUUAAAUAGAAAGUCUAUUUUGAAUAAAGUAGAAUAUGUCUUUGCAUAAAGUAAGCAGCCGGUCUUAACUAAUUUCAUGAAAAAUGACAAAAAAUAAAUACUUCAUCUAAACAAUUGUUGUGGAUUGUGUUUUUUAUAAUAAAAAUGCACUGGGACUAUGUUUAGGUAUUAUGGCUAAAAAAAGAAAAGACAUUAACCUAAGACAAGUCAUAUUCACUGAAGUAAAAAACGUUAAACUGCAUAUCUGUAAUUGUAGAUCGCAUAUUGUAAAUGAAAUCACGCAGUAUAAUUAAACUAACAUAUACAAUUAUAAGUUACAAAAUUUUUUUUUGCAAUGGGCUGAUGUGAUAUUAAUACUGUACUUACAUUGCACGUCGUGUAAAGAAGCAUGA